AUGGAGAAGCAGGCGCAGGCCGGCAAAGUGCAGGUGCGGCGUGGCUAUGUGGACCCGGAGGUGACAGCCCAGACGCCGCCCGAGGCGGAUCGCCCCGAAAGCGAUCCCUUGGGGGCCCCGACGAAUGGGAAGGCCGGUUCCGCGGGCGUCUCCGACCGCGGCGCCGAUGGCAAGGAGCCGGGGAGCCAGCCAGACGAGGACGAGGGCGAGAUCCAGCUGCAGGAGAGGCUCGGCGUCGAGGGUGACCAGGAUUGCGAGGCGUGGAACCAUCACCUGGCAACACGUUGGGCCCUGGGGCCCGCGAAGCUCGAGGCCACCGUCGACUACGAGAAGUUUGGGGACGAGGCCCGGGCGUCCAAGCGCCCGAGCACGAGGCCAGCCCGGCUGCUGACCCAUCGCUUGGAAUAUCAGCGGACUGGCGGCAGCCAGCCACAGGAAGCCUACAUGGAACAAGCCGGUGAGGGCAAAGCGGUUGCAGCAGUGGUCCGGCGAAUCCACCAGAACCUGGGACACCCGCCAACGCGGGAGUUGGUCAAGCAUCUGCGCCUCAGUGGCGCCUCUUCGGCCAUGGUACAGGCGGCCCAGCAGCUCACGUGCCGGACUUGUGACAAGAGCACCAAAGCGAAACCAGCCAAGGUUGCAGCCCCGGUCACGUGCCUCGACUUUAACGAGGCGGUCGCCAUCGACGUGAUCUGGCUGGGCUCGGCCGACACCGAGGGUGCCACCCUGCCGGCCCUGAACGUGGUCGACUUCGCCUCUACCUACCAGCAGGUUAUCCCCAUGGAAGCAGCAGCCCGGGCCUUCACCCAGGGAUGGAUCAGUUGGGCGGGGACACCAAAGCACGUGACGGCCGAUUUGGAUUCCGCCUUCAAGGGCCGCUUUCUUGCUGAGAUGGAUGCCCGGGGCAUUGCCCUCCGGUGUGUCCACUGGCAAAACGGCGUGGUAGAACGGCACGGAGCAGCCUGGAAGCAGAUCUACCAGAAGGUUGUCCUCGACCGCGCCGCGCUGCUGGAGGAGGUCCCCGACACGGUACUGUGGCCGCGGUCAACGAGGCGAAGAACUCCCUUCGCAACCGUUCCGGGUUCUCUCCACGACAAUGGGUCUUCGGAAGCAAUGGGGUUCACGAUGAUGAUGAUGAUGGCACCCAGGACUUUGACCUGGCGACUCCGAACGCCAAGUUCGCCCGGCUCCAAGUCCUACGGCGGCGGCCCACAAAGCUCGAGUCCAGCAGACCCCUUACGAGCCGGGAGCACUGGUCUAUUAAGAGUCUAUUAUUACCGACUGGCGCGCCCGGGAAAAGGGAAGAAGCCUCAGCCGAUCUGGCUGGGCCCAGCCACGGUGAUUGGACGAGAGGGCAGCAAUUACUGGCUAGCCCGGGGUGGCCGCUGCAUUCUUGCAGCACCAGAACAUGUGAGGAGCGCCCACCACGAGGAGGUCUCCGAGAUGCUCAGGACCAAGAUGGCCCUCGCCCAGGUGCAGAAACUUCUCAGGGAGUGUGACGAGAUGGAGGUCGAGGAGACCGAGCAACCCAAGACGGAGCCCAGCGAGGAGGUUGCCAUGGAGGCGGAAGAUGAGCUAGCGAGAGAGGGCGAACUAGAGAGCGCCCGGCGGAGGAGGGCGCUACUGGACGAUGCCCCACACGUCAUCAAGAAGGCCAGGAUGGGCGAAGCCGGGGACUCAACGGCUGAAGAGCUCGGAGGCACUGACGUGGAGAUGCCCGAGACACAAGCCGCAGCAUCCGCCAGCGGGAAGGAGAAGCAGCUGGAGAAGGAGAUCCCAUGGUCCAUGAUCCCGCCCGACGAGCGCCCCGAGUACCAGAAGGCAGAGGCCACACAAUGGGAGGAACACCUCAAGUACGGCGCGGUCCGCCCGCUCAGCCUGGAGGAGUCGGAGAAGGUGCGCCGGCCAAGGGGUGGACGCGCCGACAGCCAGCCGACAAAGCAUUUUGCUGGCGAUGCAGCUGGGUCUCAGCCGGCAUUGCGCGGCCGCCAUUGGAGACAUUCGUGCCGCCUUCUUGAAUGGCAUCCCAGCACCGCGCGACCUCUACUUCGAGCAGCCCAAGCGCGGGAUACCGUCCAUGCCUUGGUGGAAAUCCUGAAAGGAGUCUUUGGCCUGGCUACGAGCCCGAAGUUGUGGUGGAUGAAGCUGUCCUCCGAGCUCAAGGACGUGACCCUACACGACGGCACCGAGACGGUCGAGAUCAUCCAAAAUGAGAUCGAUCCGUGCAUCUUUAUGAUGGUCGGGAAGGACAGCGGCGAGGUGAAGGGAGUGAUCCUUACCCACGUCGACGACCUGUUGCUCCUUUGCGAGAAGCGACUGAUGAAGCCGCUGCAGCAAGCCCUGAGCUCUCGCUUUCCUGUGGAGGACUGGCAGGACAACUCCUUUGAGUACCUGGGGUGCCACUACGACUUCGGCGACAACGAGGUCGUGAUUUCCCAGGAGAAAUACGCUGAGGCACGGGUGGAACCAGUGCACUUGAUCCAAGGACAACCUGACGAAGAAGACGCCACCCUGGAGCAGCGCGAGGAGAACCGCACGGCGAUUGGUAGCCUUUCCUGGUUGGCUAAGCAGACUCGCCCAGACCUCCAGUUCGGGGUCUCGCAGUGCCAAAGGGCACAAAACAAUCCCAAAGUGGCGGACCUCAAGGAGACGAACCGUCUUGUCCGGGAAGCCAAGAAGUACAAGGAGAAGGGCCUCACCCUGCGCUACAUUGUCGAGCCCGCGCUCUACGGCUUCCACGACGCGGCCUGGGGCAACGUGGAGGACCCCAGUCGCGAGGCCGAUGACCAAGACUGGUUGGGUGACCACAAGCUGGCGUCUCAACUAGCACAUGUGGUCUUGGCCGCAGGGAAGGGCGCAGCACAUGGCGAGCAAUCCGACUUCAGCGUCUUGGAAUGGGAGUCAGAAGCGCUAUGGAAAACCAUGGAAAACCUGCUGUUCCUACGGUCGCUCUUGGCGUCGUUGAAGGGUGGCCCAAGGGCAGAUCGCAGAGCGGUGGAGGCCGGCAUCGACAUCCACCUCUUCACGGACUGCAAGAGCCUCUACGACCACCUCCACAGGGAGGGCACGCCGAAGGCCCCAGCGGACAAGCGCCUAGCGGUGGACUUGGCCGAUCUUCGCCAGACGCUCAUGAAGCAGGGGACGGCCCAGUGGAAGAAGCACCACGGGGAAGAUGCUCGACACGCUCCGGAGCGCCCCUGUCGACCACCGAUCCACUGGGUGCCCACCGAGGAGCAGCUUGCCGAUUUCCUUACGAAGAAGAUGAAAGCAGAGGCCUGGUGGCAGACCCUCGAGCGCGGGCACAUACGGCUCCCCCUGAAAGACCGGCGAAACAGCAACACUUGA